ACGGCAGGGGCAUUUGCUGCUGAUGAAAUUGCGAACGGCCUCUGUUCUAGCUAAAUAUUGGCAACAUAUUUUGUAAGGUUUGACACAUCUCGGAGCAUCUUCUGACGGUCAUCAUGUCUUUGGAGUGCGUUGGGAUGGUAAAUACAUUUCGAGAGGCCGGGAAUAGCUGAAGAAAUUUUAAGCAAACAGACUGAAUAUGUUCCUGACACAGGUGGAUGAUUCUUGGAAUAACGUUAAGUUAGCUAUCUUGGAUUCGAAACGUAUGGAGAAAAACACCAAACGCGGAUGUAAAUUAGAAUUAUUGACAAAACGAACAAACUAACUUUACUGGGAAUAUUACAUUUGACAAAAUGUCCUCAUAGCCAGUCCAAUUUAGUUUCAGAAUCAGAGAUUGACCAUUUGGCUUGUUAGCUAGUUAACGUUUGCUAGCUAAUUAAAGCGUCCUUCAAGAUAUGAGAGUGGGGAUGUUUGGAAGCGUUGUCAGUGUUAUUAAACAUAGUCAGUAAGCAAGCCUAACUAUUUCAAUUGGACAUGCCUUAUGUAAAAAGAGUCAAGCGUUUUUAACUAGCCAAGUUAGCUAGAAAGCUAUUUAUUUACUCACUCCAAGGUUGGCGUAUUUUCAUCCACUGGCACGCACUGUCAAGUACAACGUAAAUCAUAUUGGCUAAACGCUAGCUGGCUAGCCUGUUACAAUGGUCACACUUUGCAACCAAAUUGUGGAUAACUUUUUGGACCUUGUUAGCACAUGUUAAUAACUAUUUAAAAUAACUAACGCGUUCGUGGUAUUUAUUGCAUCCAAUUUAUAGCAUGAAUCUCAUGUUAUGCUAAAUAUUUUCUAACUGAUGUGUUAGGCAGUCAGUUGUGUAAGCAAGAAGGUCCCCUCGCGUUAGUCCCAAUGCAAUGAAUGAGUGGUUUAGAUAACACGCUAAAUUGAUCAAGUCACUUACUAUUACAGGAACUCAUCUUUUUGUGUGUGAUAUCGCUUCACGUCUUUUUGUGAAUCAUAGCGACCUUUUAUGACGUUAGCCUGUUGUUGCCUCAUUAAUAUGUUGGUUCUUAGAACAUUUCUAUUUAGUUUUAGGGCUAUUUUGAUAAGUCACAUGUCACCAAUGUAUUUGUUGAAUUCCAAAGUACAAAUCAAAGUUCAUAAUUCUAUGGAAUUAAUUAUAAAUUAAUCUGAAAAUGCAAAUGUGUCUCGUUGACAACAUUUAAAAAGUGCAUGCUUAGACGGGGUAAAUGAGUAGUGGAUUAUUUAGGCAACAACUAGGGCAAGUAGACAAAUCAAUAAAUAUGGGAAGUACACUGGUUUUAAGCAGGUGUUUACACAGUGCUAAAAUGUCAUAAAUUCAAAACGAGACAGUGAAGGCAGGUGUUUUAUUUACCAUCAUGCAACAUCUGCCCAUGGAUCUCGUCAAGGACGUUGUCUACCAUGUGUAGAAUAACAAUAUUGAAAUUGAGGAAGAAUUGGAUUUUUGCUUUGAAAUAAAUUAUAAUUUUCUAGUUUACUGGGGAAUUAGCAAUCUACUCAAAUGGAACAUACUCUGAUGUCUAGCCCUCUGGGAUAUUCAGAGUGGGAUUCAGAACGCAUACCCUCCCAUGGAUUCCUCAUGGAUUCAGACAAAGGAGCCAUGCUGCCUCAGAGAGAAAGUGAUCAGAUAGGUUUGGGUUUCCAGAAAGUCAACCAGGGUGUAUCUCUAAGCCUGGAAGAGCUUUUUCAGGAGAACGCCUUAAAUUUAGAUAGCCUUUUCAGGACCUCUUCCUGGGAGGGAUGUCAAUCUAAUCAUUCCCAAGAUGUUCCCCUGGGUAAACCAGCAGAGGUAUCGCCUCUCAAAGACAAAAUUGAGAAACAAAACAAUGUCAGUGACAGCCCACUACCUGGGCUUUUAUUCUCCAAAAUGGCUAAUUUGUUCAGGGACAUCUCAGCCUGCGACGAACAAAAUCUACCUGUUGGUGACAGAGACCCUGUUACCUGUCACAGGGAGCUGAUAACCCUCAGUGAACAUCCUUCCACUGUGAAGGUUUCAGAUAGGACUCCAGAUACUAACACUGAAGCGUCCUCUUUGUUGAUAGUUCACCUCUUAUCUGAACACUCCCCUUUUCCCUCCGGCCCUGCUCCUCCUGAUGAGGUAAUCCCACAAGGUGUCUUUGAGAAGCUUUUAUUUCCAUCUCUGGAUCAGGACAGAGGCCAACCUCCUCCCUUGCAAGGUGGGGAGACUGUGCCACCUGAAAAUGGGGACAAAGGUUUAUUCCUAGGACCUGUGACUAAUCUGCCCACAGUCAGUAACAUUACCUCAGAAGGUAAGAGCAGCCUCUCACACAACACCAUCCCUUUUGACCACCCUAGCCUAUCUCCAGAGGUUCAGGUGGGAUCUGUGCCUUUGCUGGAUCUGGAGGUUCCCGACUGUGGUCCCAGCCUCUACCCUACUCAUCUCGACUCACCUACCUGCACAGGUGCUCCAUCAGAUUCAACUGCAGAGGAUUCAGAGCAGGAACACACUUUGGCUACUACAAUCCUGACUCUCCCAGACCACAGAGGGGAGGGGGACUCGGCCCUCCUUCUGAACUCCUCACCAUUGAUUGAACCCCUGUUGCCAAAGGUACUCUCUGACAGAGAUGCUUCGAUCCUGGGUCACCUGCCCAGUGGCUGUAGCUCAGAUAAAAAUGGCUCCCAGGAUUUGAUGGAAGACAAAAUUAUCUUUGAUGUUACUAAACACAAGGGAGAGGAGGAAAUGGCUCUGGAUCAGUGCAAUACCUCAGAUGCGCUACGUGAUGAGGAAACUUGGGACUUGAAACUACCCGAGGCUAUACAGGGUGACGGUAUUCCUGCUUUACAAACUGAACAGAGCGAUGAGGUAAGGUUGGCAGACUUGGACCUAUUUGCCAGAACCACAGAUUUUCACCAACAGGAUAGUUUUGAUGGCCUGGUUCUGGAGAUGAAUGGUUCGUCUUCUGAGUCUGGAUGGACAAGUGAACAAGCAGUGGAGAAUCUGUCACUCUCUAAGAUGGUGGGGUCUGACUCCAUGUCUGUGGUUCCCAUAGUGAAUCGGAGAGAGGAAGACCCGUCACCUCUGAAGGCCGUGUUUGAUGCUCUGGACCAGGAUGGGGAUGGAUUUGUACGCAUUGAGGAGUUUAUGGAGUUUGCUGCUGCCUAUGGGGCUGACCAGGUGAAGGAUCUGACCAAAUUUCUGGAUCCUAGUGGGCUGGGGGUGAUCAGCUUCGAGGACUUCUAUCGAGGAAUCACGGCCAUCAGCAAUGGAAGUACAGAGCCCCAACUCUACGAUGUGCACUUCAGCCCAGGGGACGGAGCAGAGGGCUGCCCAGAGGAGUACGAUGAGCAGAACGAGGUGACGGAUAGUGCCUACCUGGGCUCGGAGAGCACCUACAGCGAGUGUGAGAUGUUCACCGACGAAGAUUCGGGAGCCUUAGUCCAGCCAGAGAUGCACGAGGAUGUGGAGACGGACAGUGGCAUCGACGCAACGCUGCACGACCCCGAGGACAGCCACAACAGGUUCUCCUUGAGCUCAGAGCUGCACAGCCUCUCCCUGGUGACAGUGAUCGGCAGGGAGGAGGAGCACUUUGAGGACUUUGGGGAAAGCAACACCUCGGAGCUGCUGCUGGACACCACUGAGGAGGGGACAGAUGGAGAGAGAGACUCAUCCCAACUCCAGACUCUGGACCAGAACAACUGCUCCUCCCUGCUACUCUCUCCCAGCGCCCCAACUACUCUCCCUGCAAGCUUUCAGAGCUUCCUUAGGGAGGAGGCGCUGGACUUUUUCUGUAACCAAUGUCACAAACAAAUCUCUCGCCUGGAGGACCUCUCCACUCGCCUCAAUUUCCUAGAGAUGAAUAGCUCCAGCAAGAGGCUGUCCAGCAAGAAAGUAGCACGACACCUCCGGAACAGCUCCAUGACGCUGGACAGCAUGGGCGUACUGUCCCGAGACAUACUGGAUCUGGCCGACACCGACAUCACUGAAAAGGUGCUCCUGCUGGAGCGUCGUGCAGCAGAGCUGGAGGAGGACUCGGAGGCCAGCGGGGAGCAGCACACACGGCUCCGCCAGGAGAACCUGCACCUGGUGCACCGGGCUAAUGCCCUAGAGGAGCAGCUCAAGGAGCAGGAGCUCCACGCUGAGGACCACUUCCACCAGGAGACCCGCCGCCACAAAGACGCCCUCUCCAAGCUGGAGCGGGAGAGGAGCCUGGAGCUGGAGAACCUGCAAGCUAGGCUGCAGCAGCUGGAUGAGGAGAACAGUGAGCUGAGGUCCUGUGUACCCUGUUACCGUGCCAACAUUGAGAGACUAGAGGAGGAGAAGAGGAAGCUAGAGGAUGAGUUGGAGGAUGUGACUGAGAGGCUGAACGAGGAGCUGGAAACCCGCAGGAAGACGUCCGACAAGCUGACCCACGAACGGCACCAAAACCAGAAGGAGAAGGAGCACACGCAGGAGCUGAUUGAGGACCUGCGGAAGCAGCUGGAGCACCUACAGCUGUACAAGCUGGAGGCAGAGGCCAGGAGGGGGCUCUCUCCCAGUGCCGGGCUGCAAGAGUACCAGAGCCGCACCCGUGAGGCUGAGCUAGAGCAGGAGAUCCGACGCCUCAAGCAAGACAACCGCAGUCUGAAGGAGCAGAACGACGAGCUAAAUGGCCAGAUCAUCAACCUGAGCAUCCAGGGAGCCAAGAACCUGGUGACGGCCUCGUUCUCCGAGUCACUGGCGGCUGAGAUCAACUCUGUGUCCCGGGGAGAGUUGAUGGAAGCUAUCCGCAAGCAGGAGGACGUCAACAUCCGACUACAGGACUACAUCGACCGCAUCAUUGUUGCCAUCAUGGAGUCCAACCCCUCCAUGCUGGAGGUCAAGUACUAGAGACGGCCAUUUUGGAACAGGGUAGCCUGGCGGUCUCUCCGCCUCACUGGACUGCCAUACUGGGAGAGACUGGUUAAACACUUAAAGACUGACUGCUGGGACUAACCACAAAUAUACAGUACCAGUCAAAAGUUUGGACACACCUACUCAUUCAAUGGUUUUUCAAAACUAUGAAAUCACACAAAUGGAAUCAUGUUGUAUGUAAAAAAAAAAAAAGAUUAAAAAAAAGAAGAAGUGUUAAACAAAUCUAAAUAUAAUUUUGAUUUUAGAUUCGGCCUUGAUGACUGCUGUGCACACACUUGGCAUUCUCUCAACCACCUUCAUGAGCAAUGCUUUUCCAACCGUGUUGAAGGAGUACCCGCAUGUGCUGAGCACUUGUUGGCUGCUUUUCCUUUACUCUGCGGUCCAACUCAUCCCAAACCAUCUCAAUUGUUUGAGGUUGGGUGAUUAAGGCCAGGUCAUCUGAUGCAGCACUCCAUCACUCUUCUUUCUCAAAUAGCCUUUACACAGCCUGGAGGUGUGUUGGGUUAUUGUCCUGUUGAAAAACAAAUGAUAGUCCCACUAAGCGCAAACCUGAAGGGAUGGCGUAUCGCUGGAGAAUGCUGUGGUACCCAUGCUGGUUAAGUGUGUCUAAAAUUCUAAAUAAAUCACUGACUGUCUCCAGCGAAGCAACAUCACACCUCCUCCAUGCUUCACGGUGGGAACCACACAUGUGGAGAUCAUCCGUUCACCUACUCUGCAUCUCACAAAGACACAGCGGUUGGAACCAAAAAUCUCCAAUUUGGACUCAUCAGACCAAAUGACAGAUUUUCACCGGUCUAAUUUCCCGAGUGGCACAGUGGUCUAAGGCACUGCAUCUCAGUGCUAGAGGCAUCACUACAGACCCUGGUUCGAUCCCAGGGGUCCCAUAGGGCGGUGCACAAUUGGCCCAGCAUCGCCCGGAUUAGGGGAGGGUUUGGCCGGGGUAGGCUGUCUUUGUAAAAUAAGAUUUUUUUCUUAACUGACUUCCCUAGUUAAAUGAAGAUUAAAUCAAAAAUGCCAGUUACAUCAUAGCCCGUAAUGGCUUUUGCGACUGCAGUUGAAGAAACCUUCAGAGUUCUUCAGAUGUUCCGGAUUGACUGACCUUCAUGUCCUAAAGUAAUGAUGGACUGUCAGUUCUCUUUGCUUGUUUGAGCUGUUCUUGCCAUAAUAGGGACUUGGUCUUUUGCCAAAUAGGGCUAUCUUCUGUAUACUACUCCUACCUUGUCACAACACAACCGAUUGGCUCAAACGCAUUCAGAAGGAAAUCAAUUCCACAAAUUAACUUUUAACAUGGCACACCUGUUAAUUGAAAUGUGUUCUACCUCAUGAAGAUGGUUGAGAGAAUGCCAAAAGAGUGUGCAAAGCUGUCAUCAAGGCAAUGGGUGGCUACUUUGAAGAAUCUCAAAUCUAUUUUGAUUUCUAUAACACUUUUUUGGUUACUACAUUAUUCAAUUGUGUUCAUGACUGCACUAUUCUUCUACAAAGUAGAAAAUAGUAAAAAAUAAAUAAAACACUGGAAUGAGUAGGUGUGUCCAAACUUUUGACUUGUAGUGUGUGUGUGUGUGUGUGUGUGUGUGUGUGUGUGUGUGUGUGUGUGUGUGUGUGUGUGUGUGUACACAUAUAUACACAUAUAUACAGUUGAAGUCGGAAGUUUACAUACACCUUAGCCAAUACAUUUAAACUCAGUUCUUCAUAAUUCCUGACAUUUAAUCCUAGUAAAAAUUCCCUGUCUUAGGUCAGUUAGGAUCACCACUUCAUUUUAAGUAUUUGAAAUGUCAGAAUAAUACUAGAGAGAAUCAUUUAUUUCCGCUUUUAUUUAUUUAUUCACAUUCCCAGUGGGUCAGAAGUUUACCUACACUCAAUUAGUAUUUGAUUGCAUUGCGUUUAAAUUGUUUAACUUGGGUCAAACGUUUCGGGUAGCCUUCCACUAGCCUCCCACAAUAAGUUGGGUACAUUUUCGAUAGGAUUGAGGUCAGGGCUUUGUGAUGGCCACUCCAAUACCGUGACUUUGUUGUCCUUAAGGCAUUUUGCCACAACUUUGGAAGUAUGCUUGGGGUCCAUGUCCUUUUGGAAGACCCAUUUGGAAGCUUUAACUUCCUGACUGAUGUCUGAUGUUGCUUCAAUAUAUCCACAUAACGUUCCUGCCUCAUGAUGCCAUCUAUUUUGUGAAGUGCACCAGUCCCUCAUGCAGCAAAUGACUCCCAUAACAUGAUGCUGCCACAACUGUGCUUCACGGUUGGGAUGGUGUUCUUCGGCUUGCAAGCCUCCCCCUUUUUCCUCCAAACAUAAUUAUGGUCAUUGUGGCCAAACAGUUAUAUUUUUGUUUCAUCAGACAAGAGGACAUUUCUCCAAAAGGUAUGAUCUUUGUCCCCAUGUGUAGUUGCAAACCGUAGUCUGGCUUUUUUAUUGCAGUUUUUGAGCAGUGGCUUCUUCCUUGCUGAGCGGCAUUUCAGGUUAUGCCGAUAUAGGACUCGUUUUACUGUGGAUAUAGAUACUUUUGUACCUGUUUCCUCAAGCAUCUUCACAAGGUCCUUUGAUGUUGUUCUGAGAUUGAUUUGCACUUUUUGCACCAAAGUACAUUAAUCUCUAGGAGACAGAACGCAUCUCCUUCCUGAGCGGUGUGACGGCUGCGUGGUCCCAUGGUGUACUAUUGUUUGUACAGAUGAAUGUGGUACCUUCAGGCGUUUGGAAAUUGCUCCCAAGGAUGAACCAGACUUGUCGAGGGCUUCAAUUUAUUUUCUGAGGUCUUAGCUGAUUUCUUUUUGGAUUUCCCAUGAUGUCAAGCAAAGAGGCACUGAGUUUGAAGAUAGGCCUUGAAAUACAUAGACAGGUACACCUCCAAUUUAUUUAAAUGAUGUCAAUUAGCCUAUCAGAAGCUUCUAAAGCCAUGGCAUAAUUUUCUGGAAUUUUCCAAGCUGUUUCAAGGCAAAGUCAACUUCGUGUAUGUAAACUUCUGACCCACUGGAAUUGUGAUACAGGUAAUUAUAAGUGAAAUAAUCUGUCUGUAAACAGUUGUUGGAACAAUUACUUCUGUCAUGCACAAAAGUAGAUGUCCUAACCGACUUGCCAAAACUAUAGUUUUUUUAACAAGAAAUUUGUUGCGUGGUUGAAAAAUGUGUUUUAAUGACUCCAACCUAAGUGUGUGUAAACUACCGACUUCAGUUGUGUAAAUAUGUACUGUGUAUAUAUGUACUGUAUAUGUAUAGCUAUUUUAGGUGUGAAAAAACACCCCAAUUACCCUUAAAGAAGAUUUUAAUGGAAAAUAAAAUUGUCACUGUUUGUGGCUGUUAUCUGAGAAGAUAAGGUACGUGGUUUAACGUCCCUGGUAUUUGAGCUUUGCUUUGUGUGCUUGUCUGUUCCCCCUGAAUACAGUAGGAUUUGGUUAUGAUGACUUCCCUGAAUUUGGGUAGAGGGACCUGAGUUUACCUUGUGUGUGCGAAUGUGUUUUCUAUGCGGGAACUCUUUUGAGAGUUGGACUGCAUGGAAGAGCUAGUUAACUUGUUGCUGUCCCCUUAAACAUAUUUUAGACAAUUAGAUCUUAUGAGCCUCAAUGCUAACAUGAUUCUCAAACGACGUGUCCUUCAACUACAUAUCAGCCGAUACCAUCUUUCACCGUGAGAUAAGUAAAUGAAUGAACUCAUGGGACGUUUUGUCACGUUUCUCCUGUAUUAGACUGAACCGUGUUUAAACCACAUUUAAACAGUAUGAAGCACUGGUCAGGAGACGAGGUCAAAUUAAGUCGACCCUGGCUGCUCUCUUGAAUACAGUCUUGUGGUUGCCGCCUACUACAUUAACCGUGUUUAUCCUGAUUUGACUUGGAUUUUCUUCUCAGUGUGAGUUAAGGCAACCCAGGUAAGGGAGGCCUUAACUCUGUUUUAUAAUGAAACAGAGUCCUAGGGGGUCAGGUGGGCUAAAUACUCCAAUAAGAGAACACUAACCCAUCACAUCACUCCCUCUAAUGUAACUUUGGGGUAGUUAAAAACGGACAAAUACAUAUAUAGAUACUGUACUAAAUGAUGCUCAUACUGACAUGAAAUAAUUGGAUGGUGUAACUUGGACACGAAAUCAAAUUGAGAGAAAAUGUUGCUCUGACUAGUUUGUAUUUUUGUAUUUGAGCUGAGUGCACUGGGAAGUGUAGUUCUUUGGCGUGUGACUGACCCUUAGUGGACUCAAGCUGAGUGAAAUCAAAAAGGGAGCCAUCUUAUCAAUUGGGAAGUACAUGUCUGGUCUGCUUGUUACCUAUAACUUUAUUUUCCAUGAAAUGUUGAUAAAAAAGCUGAAUAUAUUUGACAUGUUGAUAAAAAAGCUGAAUAUAUUUGUAAUGUUUUAUUGAAGGAAUGGAAUCAGUUGUACCUAAGACAAAAAGUAUUGUUUGUAAAAAAAAAAAAUGUAAAAGUAAAAAGUUUAUUGUUAAGGAAUGUAAUCGGAAUUUGAAGAUAUCUUUUGCUUUAAGAUAACAUGAAUUACUUAAGAAUGCUAAAAUUAUUUGAAAACGGACUUGUUGCUUGUGGCUAACGGAGAGUUUCAGAGGUUAGAUCUUGUAACUCACCCGCAGCUUUUUGAUUUAAAGGAGCAGAAAAUGUUUAACACUUCGAUGAAGCAAUAAUGUUGUGAAAAACUGGGGAGCGAUGGACAGACACCACAAUCGGAUGUCAACAAACGGACAAAACGCUCUUCUUUACUGUAAGAGCCUCAGUUGACUAAGCCCCAAUCUGAAUCUCUUGAACUUUUAACCACAUUUCUGAAAAUAACCAAGAGGAAAUGAAAAUGGCAGGCUAUUGAUACACAUCAUCAGUGCUGCCUAUUCACCAAUGCACUCUCUGACACGGUUGAGAUACUUGACAUAUUGAAGCUUAAUAUUGUUGCUGUGUCUUAACUGCUCAAACUGCAGACAACUUGUAGCAUUCUGUAUCAACCAUGCAGCUAUACUAAAGACAAAUGCAGCCUCCUCCACCUUUCACCUAUAAAACACUUGCUCUGU